CGACUUUCUUUCCUUCUCCUUCUGAACCUUUGGCAGCAUCGUGAAGAAGAACUGAGCUUUCCACAGAACCAAAGUAAUGGAAGCUGAUUCGAAGACACACGUGAAGGUAGCUGCGCUUGGAAGACCUUUCCAUUUGGGGAUGCUGUACGAUUGUCGUAGUGACAGUCUGGUUCCAGGAGUUAUGUUAUGGGAUCCUGAAGACCUUGUAAAAGACACUCUUGAAAACUCCCAACACAACACAGAAUUUAAGAUUCAUGCCUCAGACUCUAUAGAAAAUAAAUCAUCUGCUUUGAACAUUGAGGCUUCAUUAAAAGCAAGUUUCUUAGGAGGACUUGUUGAGGUGGGGGGAUCAGCAAAUUUUCUGAAAGACACAAAAACUUCGAAAAAGCAGGCACGUGUGACUUUGCAGUACAAAACAACUACAAAAUUCAAACAGCUGUCAAUGAAUCAUUUUGGAAGAGGUAAUGUGAAAUGUCCAUAUGUUUUUGAUCAGGGAAUAGCCACACAUGUGGUGACAGCGAUACUUUAUGGUGCACAGGCAUUUUUUGUUUUUGAUCAAGAAGUUUCAGAAAAUGAAGACCAUCAAAAUAUUGAAGGAAAUCUACAAAUGAUGGUAGAGAAGAUAAACUGUUUUUCAGUGGAUGGGAAGGGCACUUUAAAGAUGACAGAUGAUGACAAUGCAAAGGCUGAAAAUUUUUCUUGUAAAUUUUAUGGAGACUUUGCCCUUGAAAACAACCCUGUGUCUUUUCAAGAAGCUGUGAAAGUUUACACAAUGCUGCCAAAGCUACUGGGUGAACGGGGAGAACAUGCUGUACCGGUACAGAUUUGGCUGCUUCCUUUAACAUAUCUGGAUUCUUCUGCUACUAGAGUAGGGCAUGAGAUCAGUCUUGGAUUGGUUCAAGAAACACAAACAGUGCUAGAAGAACUCAGUGGUUUACAAAUGCAAUGCAAUGACUUGAUGAACAGAAAUGUCACAUCCCAUUUUCCAGAGAUCGGCACAAAAGUCAAAGAUUUUAAAGAUAUGUGCCUUCAGUACAAGUCAAUAUUUCAGACUUCUUUGUCAGAGAUUCUCCCUUUGAUCCGAGGAGGAGGAAAAGAGGAAAGAGAACUGGCAGAAAUCUUGAAAAGGAAACAACAGUCUCUUUUCAAUAGCAACACCCUUCAGAAAUGGCUAGAUUCCAAAGAAAGGGAAAUCGAUAUCCUCCAGAUUAUCAUCGAAGUAAUGAAAGACACAACAAUGUUGACUUCAGAGAAGGCCUUUGACAUAGAGAUGUUUAAAAGUAAAGCUAAGUAUGUGGUAUGUUUUGCUUUUACAUCACUGAAUGAUAAAGAGCCCUAUCUCAGACAUUUGUCAGAGUACUUAAAGACUCUGUCAGGUGUGAACACAGUCCACACUGAAACUGAAAGAAGACAAGAUGCUGAACUUCCCAGGUGGUACUUUUUGAAGGAUGUGCUAGACACAAUGAGAAGGCAAGUUUACUUGUUUGUUGAUUUUGCAGAAGCAAACAAGGACAGUACAAAUGCACAAUUUUUAUCAACUUCAGUUUCUGGUAGUGGACACAAAGGUGGGAAAAUUUACCUUUAUAAAGACAGCAAAAAGCAAACAGAUAAUUUUGAACCUCCAUCAAAGCCUGGAAAACUGAGAGCAAUUGAAAGAACUCAUGACGGCAUGACAGUAGAAUUAGGUCCUCCAAAGUACGGCUCUAGCGAGGUCACAGAGUACUUGAUUGAAUACUGCGUGGACGAGGAAUAUGAAUGGAAAGAGAUAAAGACGCCCAAAGACAACAUAAUAUGUGUUGUGUCUGGACUGCUCCCCAAUACUGAGUAUAAGUUGAGGUAUAAAGCAGUGUGUUGUGUCGGAGUGAGCCCUACCAGUGAAGACAGCGACAAGGUUAAAACGUUGCCAACAAGUCCUCCCGGUAAACCGAGUACUACUGAUGUAGACUCACAUGAAAUUGAGAUUAGCUGGACAAAGCCUGAUGUAGUUGGACAUGGGGCCAGCAUCCAAGGCUAUAUUGUUGAAUACAGAAAAAAGUCACCUGGACCUGAAGAAAAAGAUGGAAAGUGGAAAGAGAAAACUUGUGCCAGUGACACCUGUAAAAUCACUGGGCUACAGCCAGAAACAGCAUAUGAGGUCAGAGUUCGCUGCAACUGCGGUGAACAUGGUCAAAGUAAAGAAAGCUUGACAGCCUCUAUUUCAACACCACCUCAGAAAAUGAAAAGACUAGCUGAAGAGGUGAAACAGAUGAGUGAAUGUUUGAGCAAAGGGAAACCAUCUGUUUACAGAAUUCCUCUGCAGGAGAUAGAUAUAAACCUGAAGGACUGCAAAAGAUACGCUUUUGGUAAAAGAAACCGGAAAGAACAUCGAAUCAUUAUGGUCCUUGGAGCCACAGGAGCAGGAAAAUCAACUCUGAUCAAUGGGAUGAUCAACUAUAUCUUGGAUGUGAAGUGGGAGGAUACAUUUCGAUUCAAACUGAUUGAUCAAGGUGUUUCAACAUCCCAGGCAGAGAGUCAAACAUCCGUUGUCACAGCAUAUGACAUCAAUUAUCAAGACGGGUACAGAAUCAACAACUCCAUCACUAUCAUUGACACCCCAGGUUUUGGUGACACCAAGGGGAUAAAAAGAGACCGAAUGAUCACUGAACAGGUCAGAAUGUUUUUCAACUCUGAGAAGGGAAUCAGUGAGAUUGAUGCUUUGUGUUUUGUGACUCAGGCCUCUCUUGCCCGCCUAACACAUGCACAGAAGUAUGUCUUUGAUGCCAUUCUAUCCAUUUUUGGUAAAGACAUUGCAGAAAAUAUUCAGCUGCUUGUGACAUUCGCUGAUGGACAAAAGCCCCCAGUUCUUGAGGCUGUCAAUGUAUCUGGUGUACCAUUUCCUAAAACUAAACAUGGCCUUCCAGUUCACUUUAAAUUCAAUAAUUCAGCACUGUUUGCUGACAAUUCUAUUAGUGCCACGUCAAACAGUAAUAAUGAGAAUGAAGAAGAUGAUGACGGUGAUGACAACUUUGACCAGAUGUUCUGGACUAUGGGUAUGAAGAGUAUGAAGAACUUUUUUUCUGCCUUAACCAAGUUGGAAACAAGGAGCUUGAAGUUGACAAGAGAGGUCAUCAAAGAACGCAAACAGCUGGAAACAGCAAUUGUAGGUUUGCAGCCAGAGAUCCAUGCUGGUUUGGCAAAAUUGGAUGAAAUUAGAAUGACCCAACAAAUAAUUCAAAAACACGAAACAGAAAUAAUUACAAAUGAAAACUAUGAAUUUGAAAUAGAGGUAACAAAACCAGUUCAGAAAAACAUUGCGGAAUCUGGAGAGUAUAUCACCAACUGUCAGCAGUGUUUUAUCACCUGCCACUUCCCAUGUGGUAUUCCAGAUGAUAAUGAAAAGCACGCAUGUAGUGCAAUGGAUAUUAAUGGGAACUGCAGAGUAUGUUCUGGUAAAUGUCACUGGAGUGUUCACUUUAACCAAAAAUACAAAUGGGAGUAUGCGAAGGUGAAGGAAAAAAGAACGUCAGAAGACAUUAAAGCCAAAUAUGAGACAGCUCACGGUGCUAAAUUGACAGCUCAGCAAAUAAUUGCAAAACAGCAGGAGGAAAUUCUACAACUUCAAGAUGAGGUGUUGGCAUUAAUGGAAACAUCCUCACAGUGUUUGGCAAGGUUGAAGGAGAUAGCUCUGAAACCAAACCCUCUCUCUACGCCAGAAUACAUUGAUUUACUCAUUGAAAGUGAAAAGGCUGAGGCUAAAGAUGGAUACCUGCUUCGAAUUCAGUCACUUGAAGCUAUGAGAGAUCAAGCACUGAUUAUUUCAAAGGUCAGCAAGAAUGAAAGCGUUUUUCCAGAUGAAAUGAAGGAAUACAAUGAAACUUUAAAGAGAAAUGAAUCCAAACCUGAAAAAAAAGGAUUUUCAUCUUACUUCAAAUCCUUUUUUUAA